GCCGAGGAUCGCAGUGCGCGUGGCCGCGGCGGCUGGUGUGGGGUUGAGUCAGUUGUGAGACUCGGAGCUGCGGACGGGCGGGCGGCCCAGCGAGCCGGCGACAGAGCGGCGGGCGUCGGGUUCGGGAGCCGAGCGCUGGCCCCGCGUCAAGUCGGGCCGAGCCGCGCCGCAGUCGCCGCCGCCGCCGCCGCCCCCCGCCCGCAGCCAGCGACCCGCCGCGGGCGCGCCCCCGCUCUGCGCUGUCUCCGAUGGCGUCCGCCUCCGGGGCCAUGGCGAAGCACGAGCAGAUCCUGGUCCUCGACCCGCCCACAGACCUCAAAUUCAAAGGCCCCUUCACAGAUGUAGUCACUACAAAUCUUAAGUUGCGAAAUCCAUCGGAUAGAAAGGUGUGUUUCAAAGUGAAGACUACAGCACCUCGUCGGUACUGUGUGAGGCCCAACAGUGGAAUUAUUGACCCAGGGUUGACUGUGACUGUUUCAGUAAUGCUGCAGCCUUUUGACUAUGACCCCAAUGAGAAGAGUAAACACAAGUUUAUGGUACAGACCAUCUUUGCUCCACCAAACAUUUCAGAUAUGGAAGCUGUGUGGAAAGAGGCAAAACCCGAUGAAUUGAUGGAUUCUAAAUUGAGAUGUGUAUUUGAAAUGCCCAAUGAAAAUGAUAAAUUGAACGACGUGGAACCCAGCAAAGCCGUUCCCCUGAACGCUGCGAAGCAGGACGGGCCCGUGCCAAAGCCACACAGUGUUUCCCUCAAUGAUACUGAGACGAGGAAGCUCAUGGAAGAGUGCAAGAGGCUCCAGGGAGAGAUGAUGAAGCUAUCGGAAGAAAACCGACACCUGAGAGAUGAAGGCUUAAGGCUCAGAAAGGUAGCACAUUCGGAUAAACCUGGAUCCACCUCAGCUGCAUCCUUCAGAGAUAAUGUCACCAGUCCUCUUCCUUCACUUCUUGUUGUAAUUGCAGCCAUUUUCAUUGGAUUCUUUCUAGGGAAAUUCAUCUUGUAGAGUGAAGCAUGCAGAGUGCUAUUUCUUUUUUUUUCUCUUGACCAGAAAAAGAUUUGUUUACCUACCAUCUCACUGGUAGUGUGGCCCACGGUGACCAUUCUUUGUGUGUACAGCGUCAUAUAGGCCUCGCCUGUAACAGUCUCACGGUUAGAAACACAGUAAGAGCAGAGUGUUGGGCUCCCGGACAGCGUGAACGUCACCAGACCAUCCCUCGCAGGUGUCAUUGCACAUUCAGUCCUUUAUGAAAUUCAUAAGUAAAGAAUUGUUCUUUCUUUGUGGUUUUAAUAAGAGUUCAAGAAUUGUUCAGAGUCUUGUAAAUGUUAUUUUAAUAAUCCCUUUAAAUUUUAUCUGUUGCUGUUACCUCUUGAAAUAUGAUUUAUUUAGAUUGCUAAUCCCACUCAUUCAGGAAAUGCCAAGAGGUAUUCUGUGGGGAAAUGGUGCCUCUUACAGUGUAAAUUUUCUCCUUUACCUUUGCUAAUAUCAUGGCAGAAUUUUUCUUAUCCCUUGUGAGGCAGUUGUUGACUGAGUUUUUCAUCCUUCCAACCCUGUCCCAUGGUAUUUAACACAAAAAUAAUAAAACUGUUAACAGAUUCUUGCUCGA